AUGAAUGAUAAACCCAACAAAUGGAUUUUUAUCCCAAUUUUAGCCAUUCUUUUUGUCAUGAUUGGGUACCAGUAUGUUUGUCCGGCAGGCGGUCAGGCUUGUCAUUUCAGGACUGGAGACAAACUCGUGAGGAUCGCUCCUCUGGCCACCCCGGACCCAACCACCGACGACCUGUACCGAGAGCAGGACCCGGAGGAAGACAACCCGCCUAAAUGCGCAUCCAAAUUCAACUUUACGGAACGCGACCUGACGCGCGAUGUAGAUUUCAACAUCAAGGGAGACGAUGUGAUUGUGUUUCUGCACAUUCAGAAGACGGGAGGGACCACAUUUGGCAGGCACCUGGUCAGGAAUAUUCGCUUGGAGCAGCCGUGCGACUGCAAAGCGGGACAGAAGAAAUGCACGUGCCACCGGCCGGGUAAGCAGGAGUCCUGGCUCUUCUCGAGGUUUUCCACGGGCUGGAGCUGCGGGCUGCACGCGGACUGGACGGAACUGACCAACUGCGUGCCGGUGAUUAUGGACAAAAGGCAGCCUCCAAAGCGCAAGAGGGUGUGCAGCUACCUCAGCCGGCGGAUAGAGCAAGUCA